AAACGUAUCAUCACUAAUGGGGAUUCAUGUUAAAUAUCUUCUCAGUAACAUGAGCAGGUAUUUGUGGGUGACGUGAAGGAGGAAAAGGAGGAGGAGAACUUCCCCCUUCACCCCCUCUGGACUCUGGUUGGGACCUCAGAGCAGAGAAGGCUCAGGCAGGAAAAAGGUGAAGAAGAUGAAUAAGCUGGUGGUGAUUUUGCUCUGCCUGGUCCUGCUGACCAUCUACACAGAUGCCAACCCUAUCAUCAAAGAGAGCUUCGCUAAGCAGCUGCUCCGAAGCAAGAGGCAGGAACGGCCAAUGAAGCCCGGCCACCCUGAUGAGCCAAUGAGGGAGCAUCUGCUCCACAUGCAGGCUCUGGAUCAGAGGGCCCAGGAGACCAACCUGGAACACUGGCUGAACCCCCACUGCUACCCUCGCUGCGACAGGAACUACGGAUACCCCGUCUGAUGAUGAUGUAAAAGACCAGACACGACAACAUGGACUCGACAAUGGCAACAAUGAAAACUCUUGAAAAAUAAAAAGAUGGAAGCUCUCUCUCUCUCUCUCUCUCUCUCUCUGUAUAGUUUACUGUUAUCAGUAGUUUCUACAUUUAUUUUCUUUAUUGUGUGUCAUGUAUCAUCACAGAGUGAAAUGUAUUAAUAGUAAAUUCAAUCACAAAUAAAUCAAAAUGCAUGAGUGUCUA